AGAGGAAGACGAGCCAAACAAUCCCAAUGUUGGGAACAGGAAUGCGGCUCGUCCUCAUAACGUUACUGCUGCUGUUGUUACUCUCUACGUUCUCGUUGUUCUGGUUCUGAUCCAGAUUUGUAUGAAGAGGCUCAGAGGGAGGACGGAGCAACAUCUGGAGACGGUUUCUGACGGAUCUGAAAGGAAAAUAAUGUCAGUGUGAUGUUUUUACCGGAUGGUGCAGCUCUAGUUUUUGGUUCACUGAACUAACUUUUGUCCUUUUAUAUCAACGAGGGUUUGACUAAACAACAAAAAACAUCUUUUCUGUAUAACGCCAGUUCCAACAUUCACCACAAACAUCCUCCAGUAUGACCUCUGACCUCAAGAUGUAUGAAUGUAAACGGGUUCUACGGUACCGACGAGUCUCCCAUUUGCAGACGCUGUAUGAGUCGUACUGACUUGAGAACCAUUAAACAGCUGAACAUGUUUCUAUUUUUUCUUUUUAAAUGUCUUUUCUCUUUUGUUGCUGCUGCGGCGUAUUAACACCUUUAUUGUAUUUUUUAUUACAGUGUGUGUUUGUGUAUUGUUGUGUUUGUUC